AUGAUCGUAAAGCCUAUCUUGUUGUCGUAAGGUUUCGAACGGGAGGCCUUCAUUAAAUACAGAUUCCCAAACACAUCGGUACUACCGUGAAAUCAAAAGCCGUGGUGUUGACUGGAGCAACUUUGGCCUCUGCUUUGUAUUAGUAUCUUCCAAUCUAUUCUUCCUCACUUGUUCUUUUCUCCAACACUUCUUCUGGGUUUCAGCUUGCAUGAUGAAGAUGGGCAGAGCAUUCCCCGCAUGCCUCCUCCUCCUCACACUCGUUGUCUGUCUUCCGGGUUCCGCCAACGGCCUCGUCAGGAUUGGGCUGAAGAAGAGGCCGCUGGACCGGAACGGCCGGCUCGCUGCGCGGCUGUCUCACCCGGAGGAGCUCGGUGUCCUAGCCGCUCGUAAGUAUGGCCCCCUCCUCCGCGACAGUCUCGGUCUUGAGCACGGCCCGGACGGACCGGCGGAGCCGGACGACGGCAACAUUGUCGCCCUCAAGAACUACAUGAACGCUCAGUACUUCGGGGAGAUUGGGAUCGGUUCUCCGCCGCAGAACUUCACGGUCGUCUUCGACACCGGGAGCUCCAAUUUGUGGGUUCCGUCCUCCAAAUGCUAUUUCUCGGUCGCCUGUUUCUUCCAUGCCAAAUACAAAUCGGGCCGGUCGAGCACCUAUCAGAAGAAUGGUAAAACUGCAAAUAUUCACUAUGGGACCGGAUCAGUAUCAGGUUUCUUUAGUCAAGAUCAUGUCACAAUUGGUGACAUUGUUAUUAAGGAUCAGGCCUUCAUUGAAGCCACAAGGGAGCCAAGUAUUACCUUUUUGGUGGCAAAAUUUGAUGGAAUACUUGGGCUUGGAUUUGAAGAAAUCUCAGUUGGCAACGCAGUGCCUAUAUGGUACAACAUGGUCAAUCAAAGUCUUGUUAAAGAGCCUAUAUUCUCUUUCUGGUUCAACCGGAAUGCGAAUGAAGGGGAGGGAGGUGAAAUUGUUUUUGGAGGGACUGACCGAGAGCAUUACAAAGGCGAACACGUUUACGUUCCCGUAACUAAGAAAGGCUAUUGGCAGUUUGACGUGGAAGAUGUCCUUGUUGGCGGCCAAACAACUGGAUUCUGUUCUGGAGGAUGUGCAGCAAUUGUGGAUUCUGGAACUUCACUGAUUGCUGGCCCAACAACUGUUAUCGCAGAGGUAAACCAGAAAAUUGGAGCGGAUGGUGUUGUUAGCCAACAGUGCAAAGCAGUAGUCGCACAAUAUGGUGAAACCAUUAUGAACAUGAUAUUAGCAAAGGAAGAACCAGCGAAGAUUUGUUCUAAGAUUGGUCUUUGUGCUUUCAAUGGAACUCAAGGGGUCAGUUUGGGCAUCAAGAGUGUGGUCGACAACCAAGUCGAAAAAUUAGAUAGUGGUCUCAGCAAUGGUAUGUGUUCCUACUGUGAAAUGGCAGUCGUAUGGAUGCAAAGUCAGCUCACGCAGAACAAGACACUAGAGCAGGUGUUGAACUACCUCGAUGAGUUAUGCGAGCGAAUACCAAGUCCCAUGGGGGAAUCAGCCGUCGACUGUAAUAGUCUCUCCUCCAUGCCUGUGAUAACUUUCAAUAUUGGUGGAAGGAAUUUUGACCUCAGACCGGAGCAGUACAUACUCAAAGUUGCCAGUGGAGGAUCUGAGCAGUGCAUCAGUGGAUUUACAGCUCUGGAUGUGCCCCAAGGUCCACUUUGGGUACUCGGUGAUGUUUUCAUGGGAGCGUAUCACACUGUGUUUGACUACGGCAAUCUUAGGGUUGGAUUCGCGGAAGCAGCUUAAAGAUGGUUAAUUAUGUUGAAGUAUAUGCACCAUAUUAUAUAUGGGUAUGUGAGUAUGUUUCUGGGCUCUACUGUUCCUGCUUAUCUUAGUGACACUACGAUAUGACAUCCUAUGCCAUUAUUCUGGAACAACAACAAGAGAUGUAGAUAAGGUGGCCCCCUUGUAUAAAAGCUGAUGUGGAUAUGAUCCACCAAGCUUAUCCUC